AUGGAGACCUCCCUCCCAUCCCGGUCCAAGGCGCAAACGAAAACCACGAAGCAAAAAGCCCCAACCAAACCCGACAACAACGACACUAAGUCCACCAAAGCACCCACGAAACGACCCACCACGAGACUCGACGUCUUCGUCCUCGGAAGCGGCGAAAAUUGCGAGCUAGGCCUCGGCCCAAAUCAGACCAAUGCUCCGAGACCGCGCCUGAACCACCUCCUCGACGCCGAGUCCGUGGGCGUCGUGCAGGUUGCCGUCGGGGGCAUGCACUGCGUCGCCCUCACCCACGACGGGAAGGUGCUGACAUGGGGCGUCAACGACGAUGGUGCGCUGGGGCGGGUGAAGCCUCCUUCUGGAGCUGAAGAGGAGGAGGACGACGACGAGCCUAUGCUGGAUGCUUUCGAGAGUACACCGGGCAUUAUCGAUUUCGAACAUGACAUCGAUGUGGCCCAAGUCGCGGCAACCAAUAGCGCGUGCUUUGUCCUGACUACGGACGGCAACGUUUACGGCUGGGGAAGCUUUGCUGGCGGAGAUGGCAACUUCGGGUUCCUCCAUGAAAAGCCACCCAAGACGACGGAGCGCUUGCCUGUCUUGAUACCCGGUCUCAAAGACAUCAAAGAGCUUGCCGGCGGUUCGAACCACAUCCUCGCGCUCACCAACGACGGGAACGUUCUGGCGUGGGGUUCCGGAGAGCAAAACGAGCUUGGGAGACGCAUCAUGGCACGUCGGCGCUUCGAGACCCUGGUCCCUCAACGCGUAGGGCUGCCAAAGAACAAGGCGACCAAGAUCUUCGCGGGGUCACACCACAGCUUCGCCAUCGACAACGCCGGAAAAGUCUGGGCGUUUGGUCUGAACAACUUCGGCCAGUGUGGCAUUUCCACCAGCGAGGAUACGGGAUUUACCACCGUCAUUUCUCCGACCGUUGUGAAGAGCCUCGAGAAGCACUCAAUCACCCAAAUUGGCUGUGGUUUACAUCAUUCCAUCGCCUGUACUCGGGAGGGUGAUGUGCUGGUGUGGGGCCGAUGUGACGACGGACAGAUGGGGCUGCCGCUCGACGACGUGCCGAAGCAGAAUAUGAUAUUCGACUCCAGAGAUCGACCUCGCGUGCUGAACGUGCCAACUGUCGUUCCCGACUUGAAAGCCGUUUUUGUCGCAGCAGGCAUUGACAACUGCUAUACCAUUUCAAAGGAAGGCGAGCUGCGUGCUUGGGGCUUCUCGGCCAGCUACAACACCGGCUUGGCCACCACAGACACCGUGAAGACCCCAACGCUGGUUCGCAGUAAGCAGCUCGGUGAGAGGAAGCUCAACUUCAUCGACGCCGGUGGACAGUUCGCCGUCGCUACGAGUCCCCGACUAUAG